AUGUGCACUGGGAGCUGUGCCAAGUGCCUGGGGGGCACCCUCAUCCCCCUGGCUGUGUUUGCCCUCCUCGCCAACAUCCUGCUAUUUUUCCCUGGAGGAAAAGUGAUAGACGACAAUGACCACCUUUCCGACGAGGUCUGGUAUUUUGGAGGAAUAUUAGGAAGCGGAGUCUUGAUGAUCUUCCCUGCCCUGGUGUUCUUGGGCCUGAAGAACAAUGACUGUUGCGGGUGCUGUGGCAACGAGGGCUGCGGGAAGCGCUUUGCGAUGUUCACCUCCACAAUAUUUGCAGUAAUUGGAGUCCUGGGUGCUGGAUACUCCUUUAUCGUUUCAGCCGUCUCAAUCAACAGGGGUCCAAAAUGUCUCAUAAGCCAAAACAACACGUGGGGCUACCCCUUCCACGAAGGAGAUUACCUCGGGAACUCUGACUUAUGGAGCAGGUGCCAAAAGCCCAGCGACGUGGUUCCCUGGAAUCUGACCCUCUUCUCCAUCCUGCUGAUCGUAGGGGCAGUUCAGAUAAUUAUCUGUGCCAUCCAGGUGAUCAACGGCCUCCUGGGGACCCUGUGUGGAGACUGCCAGUGUUGUGGCUGCUGCGGGGGAGAUGGACCAGUCUAA